GCCGGUUUGAGUUUCGCUGGUGCCGCCACCAAGAGCAUUCAGGUUUCUUUUGCACAGGAGCUUGCUCGGCUGCUAGAUGUCGGUAGGGCAGAGGGCUUCACGGUGGAUCCAGCGUAUCAGAUGCGAAAAACUUUACUGACCAAGGCCGGGUGGGAAAUUGAUGCGGAGAAGGGUAAAAAAGUACAACGCCAAACAGCACUGCUGCUCAGUUUGGCCGAAGGUCGCUUGUUUCUCCAGGACGCGACUGGAGAGGUGGCUGCAAAGAAAGCGUCGGGUGACGGCGUCGUCAAGAUUUUGGUCAAGCUUCUGAGCAAACGCCCGCUGCCGGGCGACUACUUUCAUUGCGAUCAAGAAAAGCCAACGCUGGAUGAAAUAAGUGCGGCGAUCGGCAAUCUGAGCAAUCACGCAGACGAUCUAGAUUGGGACAUGAGCGGAAAGACAGCGCCGACCCGUGACGAUGUUUACUGUGCGUGUAUUCGUCUUUGCGGCGAGGCUCGGGCGCAAACAUUAUUCAGGAUCAUGGAAACGGAGUAUAUUCUUGCAGGACACGAAGGCGCCACAUAUCCGUUUUGUCGGAGUGCAGCGGCUGCCUUUCGCGGUAGGCAGCGCCAAGUGCAAAAAAAGCGGGUGCAAGCUGGAGCGGGACAGGCUACCAGCAGCAACAUCAAAGACGAUGGAGCAAAGCUGGAGUCCGUUGCUUUCGCAGGCGGCCCGCAGCAUAACCGAGGCGCUACCUGCAGUACGGAUCUUCAGCAGAAUCGCGUCACCAUUUGCAGUACUCGGAUCAAGAAGCUGCUUGCCUUCUUCGAUGUGGUGAAUGCAGGAGGCAUCGAUCCAGUUCCGAGCUAUUUCGGUCCCGGAUAUCGCAAGUACUGGCACACGAAAUUUGACAAAUUCUGCAAGUCUGGCAUCUACGGAGAGAAUCCCAAAAGAGAUCUGAAGCCGGUGAAGGAUUUUCUCGGGGACAAGUUCAGCGAGAUGCUGAACUACAGGGAGAUGGACAGCAGCAGAAAGCUCACAGGACAAGGACAGUUCAGUGUUUGCCUCGAAGAGUUCUCGCGAUUCCUGGACGACAGGUACGCUGCCAUGUUGUCUUCGACCGCACCUUCUUCGGGACUGGAGCCCGCCUUGAGUCAAAAAAUCCAGCUCGAGAGUCUCUCGUUUGUGAAUUAUGCAAAAGUUGAAGGCCACUUCCGCGCAGUAGACACAAAGAGUAGCGGCACUGCUUGUGGAAGCAAAAACGAAAGUCGUGGCAACGGCAGCAGAGGCAGCGGGACGGUGCAGGAAAGAGGUAGCCAGAGUGUUCACCGGCAAAUGGAAGUGCAAAAGCAGCAAAGGAGGACCCGAUCGCCACACCUAUGUGGCGAGGAGGCAGAAGGAGGAGCUGAUGCCGUGCGUGGGCUUGCUUGGGAGGCCGCAAGAGCAUGCUCACCCCAGGCAAAACGCCUUAAAUUGGGGCAGAAACAGACAGUGACACAAGAAGCGACCCCUGCAUCGGCACCAGGCAGAGCUUCGCAAAACCUGAGUCUGCAUGCCGGUGGUGGAUUCCUUCGUAAACACACUAGCGAGCCGAAGAUGUCCCUCGGUCCCAGGGAGCGCUUCCCAUUUCCAGGCGCAAAGCUGGAAGAUCUUUGCGUCACUGUCGCAGGGCUGAAUGCCGGCGCUAAGCUGCCGACUGAGCUUGAGAAGCUCGCAACACAGAGCAUUCUAAUUCGUGGAAGACCUACGACGCUCCGCGAGAUGUGGGAGCAGGGCGAGUUUGGAAAAAAAUCGGGCUCCUCGUCUAGUAGUAGCUCGAAGAACAAUGCUGCGGGCCCCGAAGCAGGGCAGGGCAGUGAUGCGGCGCCGCAGAAAAAAGAUGAAGAAAACCCGCACCUGACGGAGAUUCGGCGUUUGCUUCUGGACUUCGGCGUCCUGCAAAAGACAACGGCUAAUAAUGCCUGGCGCAAGGUUGAAAACGAGGUUGUUCCGGGUCCCACUAGUGAUUUUUGCAAGCUUGUGCUGCUCCUGUCUGCGCCCGUCGAUGCGGAGGGCUGCCGAAGUCGUACUGCAUCGGAAUUCGCCCGCCUUUUAGUAGCCGCCGGCCGACAAGUUUCUAUCGAAAAGCGCACUCCAAAGGAACUCUGGAGCGUUGCAAAACGCGUUGCGCUUGGUGGCAAAUCGGCUAGCGAUGGCGAUUCCUCGAGCCUGAAAUUGUCGGAAUGGGAAAGCGUCAUUCGCACGCUGGAGGAGUUUCCCUGCCUUGCGGUGUCAGAUUUCCUACUCAGGGACAGCGAAAAGGAGGGUGGGCGCGUUCGCAUCAACCUGAAAAGAUUUGAAGAAAAAUGCAAGCAGAUAUUUGAUUCCGGAAAGAAUGUCUGGUCGCGCUUUCAGUUGUGGAGGAGGAUUGAUACGGGUCGCACAGCGGAGCAGCAGUACACGCAUUCGGCCCUAUGGGGUUGGCUACUCGCGCUAGGUGUAGUGUCGAAGACCACGAGGAAGCUUGUGCGAAUAAGUAAGGCAAACAAGUUAGGGAUAGCUGCAGGCCACUUACACUGCGUUCGCUUGCUGGACCGUGGUCUUGUCACGACGGGCAUUCCAAAACUGUUGCAGUCGGUGCCGCCUCUAUCGGACGCACUGCGGUGCCGUGAGGUACUAGAAGAAACUAGAAGGCAAAUCAUGGAGUCGAACAGGCGUCAACGCGGGGUAGAUGAAAGAAUCGAAAGGAUCCUGUGCGCGGUCAACAUGCUUGGCGAGAUGCUGGUCGGUUUCACAGCCGGUGAUCCUCCAAUUCUCGAAACAGCGCCAGGCGACGCUGGGUCGUCAAAAGUUCUCAAAGUUGCGGAAGGCUCACCUCCGCCUGCUCUAUCGGCAGCGGACGGGGAUAGAAAGAAAACUCUCCAGAAAGCCAUCGGAUUCCUUCGCGACACGUUCACUGCGAAAAACAAAAAAGGCGAGAACUCAGUGAAGGGAAAGGAUCUGCGGCAAACCCGUGCCGGCGAAAGCAAAGUCAUGACGCAAAGCAUCACGUUUGGCGCGACGCGUGACUACUGCCAUGGAUGUACACUGACAAAGGACACGGCGAAGAUGAAAGCAGCCAGCGGCCGGCCGGUCUGUGUGCUGGUGAACGAGUUCUUCUGCCGCCUGCUCGACGAGAUCCAAACUGUUCGUCUCAAAGGACAACAAGAGGCUUCCGCGCAGCCAAAUUCCAACCAGAAGUUUUCCUACAGUUCCGUCAACGUCUACAAAAACGCAUUCACAUACCCGCACCGGGAUAGUGGGAACAUCGGCGAUAGCUGCGUGAUCGCGAUGGGCGACUUUGUUGGUGGCGGCCUUUUCGUGCACGAUCCUGCACUGAAACUCAGCGACGUGAAACAUCGGGCCGAUUUGGCGCCAGUCCACGAGCCCGAGGACGGGCGGGUCGUGCGGUUGCUGGUUCCGAAGAGCAUCGUCGAGAGCCCCGCCGAGAAAACGCGCAUGUACGGCAAGGAAGAGCGGUGGCCAAAAUUCUACGGAAGCGCCCCCUGCGGCGGCAAGUACAUAAUCGGUCGCGAGUUCUGUGUCGAAAACACCCCGCGCCGCUUCGACGCGCGGGAGCACAUCCACGGGACCAUGCCGUUUGAAGGCGAGCGCUUUUGCUUGAUUUUCUUUACGCAUUCUGCGUUGCCCGGCCUGAGGACGCGGAAGAACCAGGGCGCAAACGCGCUGGCGGCGUUUUUGAUUGCCUUGGAAGACCUUGGGUUUCCCGUACCGCCCGCGCACGCCCCGUAUUGGGAGGGUUGGGAUGUGGUGGAGCUGAGCAGCAGUGACGAGGAAGGGGGUCUGUGAUGAGUGUCCUGGUGCUAGAAACUCGGACUCUCAUUGACUGUGAGGCUCGACACUGAGGCAACAAAUUUUGAGGAGAAAUAGCUACUCACCCUCCGGGGGGGAGAGAGCCUGCGAUCCUAACUGACUCCGCCUCUCAUCUGUGACGUUUCCAUUCUCAUUCAGUCAACAUGGCAUAGUAAUCUCUUCAGUCCGCAACCGCAUGGCAAUAUGGAGAAGUCCAAGGGGCGCAGAUCUGUGUGUUUUGUGAAGUGUCGUCGUGGC